UGCAUGGUGGCCAGUUAGAAGCGUGACAGGUCAUAGGAAAAUAAAGGGACCAAAAGUACAGUCAACAUGACUUCCCUGGAAUUCCGACAUCGCUAUGUCGAAAUCGAAGAAAAUACCAACCCGAUAAUGAAGAGAGUGAAACAAAAUGUGUAUUGUUCCCGGAGACGAGUUUGGAAGUUCUGGGCUUACCAUUUGCCCAUUCUGAAAUUUAUCAAGUACUACAAACUCAAAGAAUAUUUGUUCUCAGAUAUCCUGACUGGAUUAACCAUAGGCAUUAUGCAUAUCCCACAGGCACUGGCAUUUGGAAUGCUGACCUCGGUCAAGGUCGAGAACGGACUCUAUACCUCACUUUGGCCAAUUUUAUUUUACGUCAUUUUCGGAACAUCGCCUCAUAUUUCCAUGGGAACAAGUGCCGUUAUAUGCAUGGUAACCGCUGGUGUUGUCGAUAUACAAGCGGAAACGUUCAAAUCUGAAAACCAACAUUUAUUUAAUGCUCGCCUUACAAAUACAAAUGGAACAGUGCAGAAUGCAACCACCAUAGAAUGGACAGACAUCCCAGAGUUUAUGGACUUUAAAGAGAAUGUAGCCAUGAAUAUUGCCCUGUUCUCGGGCCUCAUGCUUAUUUUCAUGGGAAUGUUCCGAUUGGGAUUUAUCACGUUCUACUUCUCGGUUUCAUUCUUUAGCGGAUUCACUUCCGGUGCAGCAGUCCAUAUCGCCACCAGCCAGAUGCCUGCUCUGUUGGGAAUCGCAGUCAAACGAUACUCAGGACCUUUCAAAAUAAUUUAUACCUACCGAGAUAUAUUUCUUGCCAUAACAACGGUCAAAGUCGCUACAAUAAUCAUAUCCAUCAUUUGCAUCGUCGUGUUGUUUGCAGUUAAGGAUCUUAUCAACGAGCGUUUUAAGCACAAACUUAAGGCACCCAUUCCCAUUGAGCUUAUCGUCGUCAUCAUUGCAACUAUUGUUUCCUACGUUUCAAGGUUCGAUGAGAAUUAUGAAGUGGAUGUUGUCGGGACUAUUCCAAACACCAUACCCGCCCCUGUAUUACCUGACAUGAGAGGUGUUCCCGUUUACCUUGGAGAUUGCUUCGUUGUUGCGAUCUUGAUUUUUUCCAACACCAUUGCCAUGGCAAAAAUAUGUGCAAAGAAACACAACUACGAGUUGAAUGACAAUCAGGAAAUUUAUGCGUAUGGCAUUUGUAAUUUUGCCAGCUCAUUUUUCAAGUGCUUCCCGUCCGCCGUAGCUCCACCUCGGUCAAUGAUUCUCUCCUCCAUGAAUGCCAGGACGACGAUUAGCGGUUUGUUUUCAGCUCUUCUUAUGCUUCUUGUUAUCUUGGCAAUCAGCGAAUUAUUCUUUUUCCUGCCUAAAGCUACCUUAGCAUCCAUUAUUUUGGUGGCGUUAAAAGGACUCUUCGUGCAAAUGACGGAUGCCCGUAGAUAUUGGAAAAUCAACAAGUAUGAUUUCAUCAUUUGGCUUUGUACAAUAACAUCAGUUGUUUUCAUCGACAUCGACUUUGGUCUUGGUAUUGGAUUGGCGAUAUCACUGCUCACAGUGGUAUUCCAAAGUCAGCGUGCGUCAGCCUUGAGAUUGAUGAAAUACAAUCCAAAUUUUAAAACCGUAAGAAGCAUUAAGAAGUUGUACUCCUUGAGUCCUGUUAAAAUAUUUGUGUAUAAGUCCAAUAUCUUCUUUGCCAAUGCUGAAAUGUUCCGGAGCAAGUUAUACUCUGCGACCGUCAAUCCAAGAAAGUUUUUGAAAUUGUUGAACAAGAAAAAGGAAAUCAACGCAAAUAAAAAAGAAACUGAAAAGGUCACUCAAAAUGGAGGAGCUAGUCCAACGAAAAAGAUAUCAACUAUUUCUACAGAAAGUGGAAUAAGCAAUACUCAACAACCCAUUUUUACUUCCUUGUCCUUGGACGAUUCUAUUUCAAGUCCUAAUAUUGGAUCUGUCGCCAGUCAACUAGACAAUGCAGACGCUAAUCCCAUACAUUUGGAAUCUGCUUACGUUGGCUUGCCUCCUCCGUCCCAUGUGCUAAGUUUAGAGUCUAUUGACACAAUUCAAAGCUUAGACACCAUCGACUCUGGAUUUGAUGAAAUUUCUCACCCAAAACAACUCUUGUCUGAGUACAUGAGAACUCGAGUCAUUAUUCUCGAAAUGGCAUGCGUGAACUACAUCGACGCUUCCGGUUCCAAUCUCAUCGUGCAUAUCCACAAGGAGUAUUCGAAACUAGGUAUUCGGCUUCUUCUUGCAUCAAUAUCUGAAGAUGUGUCUAAAACAUUACAUCACUCGGGGGCCUUCGAUGCCAUCCCGAAAGAUGAUAUAUUUCCAGAUCUCACGGACGCCAUUUUAUCUGCGGAUGAAUACGUCCUUCAAUCUUCCAAAGAAGACAUAAGUCCUGGUUUACAGACUGUAAGCUUCACAGACGAGGAGGCGGCGGAGGAAUCUUAUGUGGUGCGUCUGUAGGGUCACGUGGUCAAGUAUUGUA